GGUCACGCAGCAGGUCAGUGGCAGAGCCAGGAAUAGAGUCCAGAUCGCCUCAGUCCCAGCCCAGGGAAAGGCUUCUGUCCUCUGAGGCUCAUGCACCAGAGAUGGAGCUCUGAAGUGCAAAGCUCUCCCUUGCUGGUAUUGCAACACCAGGGCCAUCCCAUAGCGACACCAGCCCAGCCGGGAGGUGCCAUUUGGUCAACAAAAUGCAGAGAUUGGUCAGGCAAGUUUGUCUCUUUCCCCCGUUUUUGUCCCAGUGGUAAGUGUGGGCUCUCUGGAGGAACCACAGAUCUCCCUUCCCUCUUCCAAGUUUGCAGUGAAUCCUAGAGCCUGCCACUUGCUGCUCCCUUCCUGGGCUGGGUGCUGGGAACAAGGCAAUCAGUCCUUUUUGUUUUUUCCUCCUGUUCAUCGGCCAAGCUGCUAAGUUAAUUAUUGACCCAGGCACCCAACAGAGAAACCUGAGCUCCCUGUGCUAAUUACCUUGGAGGAGCAGUCUCAGGCCCACAGAGGGGUGUGGAUGAGACUCAGAAAAAGAGCUAACAACUAAUUAAAACCAAGAAUUCCAAAAAGCUGCCCCGAUGGCUGGAUUUAAAAGCCCCAGUGCACCCCUUGAGAUCUCCGUACAAUGCUCGCUCUGCUCUAAAGCUGCUUUCCUGACCCUAGGCACAGACGGAGUGCUCAGAAUUCCAGGCUCUUCUGAAUGGAGUUCUUGCUUCCUGCUGAUGUCCCUGCUGAGCCCUACAUGGCCCCAGAGAGACAAAGCUCCCUGCAGUGGGACACUUGCUGGCCUCACACCCACCUCCUCUUCGGACAGUGACUCCGGCUGCGCCCUGGAAGAGUACCUGGAACCCGCAGCAGACGCUGCCCCAGCAGAGGUAUCUUUGUGCUUUGAGGCUCCCUCAGCGGACACGGUGCCUGCUGCCAUCAGGAGCCAGCUCCGCAUUAAAUCUCUCCUUCAGCAGCUGCCCCCGCAGGACUGCAAUGACAGGUACUGCCCUGGCCUUGGGGAGGAGGAGAGGAGACAACUGCAAGCGUUCAGUGCCCAUCGCAGGCAGGAGUCACUGGGGCAGGGAUUUGCAUGCCUUGUGCCCUCUGCCUGCCUUUGUGAAAAGUGCGGCAGGAGGUUGAACACAGGGGACCUGGGGGUUUUUGCAUCCAGGCUGGGGGACCGGUCCUGCUGGCAUCCCUCCUGCUUUGUCUGCCACUCCUGCCACCAGCCUCUGGUUGACCUGAUCUACUUCCACCAGGACGGGAAGAUCUACUGUGGCCGACACCACGCGGAGUUCUUCCGGCCACGCUGCGCCGCAUGCGAUCAGCUGAUCUUCACAGAUGAGUGCACGGAGGCAGAGGGCAGGCGCUGGCACACGGAGCACUUCUGCUGCCUAGAGUGCGACCUGCCUCUUGGGGGGCAGAGGUACGUCAUGAAGGGCGGCAGACCCUGCUGCUGCAGCUGCUUUGAGAGCCUCUACGCGGAGCUCUGCCAGGCCUGUGGCGAGCUCAUCGGUGUCGACAGCGAGCAGGCCACUCACCAAGGCCGGCACUGGCACGCCCGGGCCUCUUGCUUCUGCUGCAGCCUCUGCCAGAAACCGCUGCUAGGACAGCCGGUCACGUCCCAUCACAGCCUCCUCUACUGCUGCGAGGCCUGCAGCUUGGAGAAGGCGGCGGCAUCCUCCACAGCCUCGGACUCGUCCGACUCCGCCUUCGUCUCGGCUCCGUCUCCUGACUCGACGCCCAUCUCCAGGGCCAACAGUGAGGGCGGCAGGAAUGCCCCGAGGCCAGGGAGCACCCCUCCAGCUCCAACAAUGGGUGGCGAUUCUUGUCAACAGAAGGCAGAGGCGGAGGAGAUGGAGGACUCCCCUGAUCAAGCCUCCACGUGCCCCGCAUUCAGAAGCCAGGAUGGCCACGAGACAGCAUUUAAGGAGAGGAGGAAGGGAACUCCCUACCCCAGUGCACUGGCACAAGCAGCUGCCGCUCCCCCGGGGCAGGAACAAUCCUCCACCACCCUGCCCAGUGAACUGGGUUUGAAUGGACCUGGGGCCUUGGGCGACCAGCUCCCAGGGAGGCUCAGGCCUCAGCCAGGCAGUGAAGCCCCGCACUUUGGAAUCAGUUCAUCCACCGACCCCAGUAUGGCUGCACAACAAAGCCCGGUCCCAUCGCUCACGGACACCCGCCCACCGGACGUCAUGGAGGAAGAAGAUUCCUGGUGCCCGACCUGCUCUUCCUCCUCAGACUCGGAGCAAGAGGGCUUCUUCUUUGGGAAACCGAUCCCGAAGGCUGGGCCAGCCCUCCCUGGCAGGGAGCAGAGUGGCCCUGGCAGGGCGGCAGGAAGGAGCAAGCACUUGGCCAGGCUGCGAGGAAGCCACAAACACUGCAGCAUUUCCUAGCAGGGGGAAGGCUGGGCAAAGAGCAAGGGGUCCCCAGGCAGCAUGGAAAGGACAGAAAGAGGGUGGAUGGCGGGAGGAAGAACUCGUUACUUAGCCAAGUGUAUUUAACCAGAGGGUCCCCCCCAGCAGACAAGCCAGGGACGAGAAGUAGCCCCAUGAUGAAGAACAGGUACAGCAAGCGGGGAGGGGAAGGCAGACAGCCCUCGGAGGGCACAGACAUCCCCUCUCUUACCUCACAUCCAGACAUGGGGAAAGACAAACCAGCCAGCCCUGUUUGUUCUCCAGAGCCCGUUUUACUGUGAAACUCAGGGAGGGGUUGUUUACACAGCAAGGCUGCCUACAAUCCACUGCCCCAUCCUAGGUUUUUGCAAGCACUGGAGAGCUCAGAGGGGCAGGACACAGGCGGCAGAGUUUGGCUGCUCCGCCAAAGGGGAACUCUUGCUCUCAGGACCUCCCUGCUGAGAAUCCCGUUCAGACAGGGGGUGGCCUGGCCCUUUUGCCAGCCCACCGGGACCGAUCGAAGAUGGACACCGAAUCCUUCAGCUCAGGGCCGGGUGCAGCUUUCUCAUCCGCAGUGAAAGCUCUGAAGGAGGAUGACUGGACUUUGGAGAGGGAAGGAGGGUUUUGAAAUCCCAGAACCAAACUAUAAGCAGCAAAGCGCCCCCAGGCCAGAGGUGGUGGGGGGCAGACUGUGAAUGUGCCAGGGGAUUCCAGAGAUCAGUUCCUAAGCUUCACCAAUAAAGCUCAACAUGGACCUGAAA